AAAUCGUGUGUUUCUAAACGGCGGAGUUGACCCGCUUUUAGCCUUGCAGCAGAAUUACAAUGAACAUUUUCCUCCGAUCGUUUCGUCACCGUUAAUUAUUCAUCUUCUCCGUUAUCAAUUCCUAGGUUGCGAUUACUCCUAAAUCUUGUUCCGAUAUUUUACCAAUUACUGUACGCCCUCUCCGGAAGCUGAAAUCAGCGAAGAAUUUCAGCUUUCAUGGUUCGCCAAAUUCAACAAGUUAGGGUUAAUACUAAUCACUGAGAAUUGGGAUUAAAUGGAAAUGGAUGGAAGAAGUUCUUCUUCUGCUGUAAUUGAAGCUGAUUCUGUGUCACUCCAACAGAGCCGCCGCUCCAAAUUCAUACACCAGUUUACUCAACAAAGUCUCCCAGCUUGUAAACCUGUUCUAUCGCCUCCAUUUGUCAUUUCGGUAUUUUUUGUUGUGGGCUUGAUCUUUAUUCCAAUUGGGAUUGUCGCUCUUCACGCUUCGAGAAGUGUUGUUGAAAUUGUGUAUAGAUACGACGGGGAAUGUGUGCCAGAACCAUACAGAAGCAACAAGUUGGCAUAUAUUAAAGAUGAUUCCAUAUCCAAAAAUUGCUCUAAAUCCCUGAAGAUUCCCAAGCACAUGAAAGCUCCAAUAUAUAUCUAUUACCAGCUUGACAACUACUACCAGAACCAUAGACGGUAUGUAAAAAGUCGAAACGAUAAGCAGCUCUUGCAUGGACUAAAGUACCAUGAUGCAAGUUCCUGUCACCCUGAAGAUGCUAACCAUGGCCACCCGAUUGUCCCAUGUGGUCUCAUUGCCUGGAGUUUAUUUAACGACACAUACUCUUUUUCCCGUGGAGUAGUUGACCUAAAAGUCAACCGGAAAAACAUUGCUUGGAAGAGUGACCGUGAACAUAAAUUUGGGAAACAAGUUUACCCCGUCAAUUUUCAAAACGGUACUCUAAUUGGUGGUGCGAAUCUUGAUCCCAACAUUCCUUUGAGUGAUCAAGAGGACCUUAUUGUAUGGAUGCGUACAUCUGCUCUGCCCACUUUCCGGAAAUUGUACGGAAGAAUCGAAGAGGAUUUAGAUGCUGAUGAUGUCAUCUCAGUCAAUCUCUUCAACAAUUACAAUACCUACAGUUUUAGUGGGAGCAAAAAGCUCGUUCUCUCAACAUCUACUUGGCUAGGUGGCCAUAAUGAUUUUCUUGGGAUAGCCUACAUUUCUAUUGGCACUUCUUUAAUAUUUAUCGCCUUUGUCUUCUUGUUGCUUCAUGUCAAUAACCCAAGACCAUAUGGUGAUACAUCAAAUUUGUCUUGGAAUUGGAAGCCCAUUUCGAGUUGAAAGAUGGCAUUUUUCCGAAUUGUUCCUUUCAAUGGAAUGGAGGAUUUAUGGAUGUUUUUCGGUCGAUUAUGCUCUGUUGUUCACUAUUUUAUUGUGUUAUUAUGAAUAGUAGAUCUUCAGAAUAUAUCUCUCACACACACACAUCCAUGUUGGUGUGUGUAUUAUGUAUAGUAGAUCUUUAUGCGGUAUAGUUUCCGUUAAUUUCUGAACUCUUCAAGUUGACGAGAUUAAACACAUGCUACCCAUGUUUUAAUAUUGGAUGCUUCUUGAUGUAUGUAAAUGCUUGUGAUUUUAUAUAUGUUUAUUGGGAAAA